AUGGUAGCGUGGGGCCCCUCUGAGCUCGCCCUCAUUAGCAAUGUGUCCUCAGGACAAAGGUCGCCUGCAGUGACGGACAGGACACGAGACAAGAUGGCAUUGACCUGCCUGAUAUUUCUGCUACUGUCAAAGUUUGAGAUGUCCAGCGGAAAAAUCCUGGAGGAAACUUAUCGGAAGUGGAUCCAAUACAAAGAAGACUGCAUGAACAUGAUAUUAAAUGAGCCAUUGCCUCAAGUGGGCUCCUUCUGUAACAGGACAUUUGACAUAUACGCCUGUUGGCCAGAUAGUCCUGCCGGCUCUGCAGUCAACAUCUCGUGUCCUUACUACUUGCCCUGGUAUGACCAAGUGUCGCAGGGAGCGGUGCGUCGGAGGUGCGGCUCUGACGGCCACUGGGAGAGAGAUGACAGCGGGCAGGUGUGGAGAGACAAGUCCCAGUGUGAGGAGGAGAAGGAGGUCGUGUCUCAGGAGCUGUGGUUCAAACAACUGAUGGUGAACUUCAGGAAUCUGUACACUGUCGGCUAUUCCCUGUCCCUCUUCACGCUCAUCACAGCUCUUAUCAUUCUUCUGAGCCUCAGGAAACUGCAUUGCUUCAGGAAUUACAUCCACGCGAACCUUUUCCUCUCCUUCAUCCUGCGCGCCUUGUCCGUCAUCGUUAAGGACACCAUGAUAGACCGCCACUGGGGACGAGAAAUCAUGAAGCAGACCGACGUGAGAGAGAUGCUCAGCCACCAGGCUGCUAUUGGCUGCCGCAUAGCCCAGGCGAUGAUGCAGUACUGUGUCCUGGCCAAUCACUUUUGGUUCUUCGGAGAGGCCAUCUAUCUGUACUCUGUGCUUAUAGCAUCAGUUUUCAUGGACAACAGCAAUUAUUUGCGUUACAUCCUACUUGGCUGGGGAACACCGUUUCUAUUUGUGGUUCCCUGGGUGGUGAUGAAGCUCUUGAAAGAGAACAAAGAGUGCUGGGCUCUCAAUGAGAACAUGGGCUACUGGUGGAUCAUUCGUUUCCCCAUUCUUUUAGCCUCACUCAUCAACUUUCUGAUUUUCAUGAAGAUCCUGAAAGUCAUUUUUUCCAAAUUACGAGCCAGCAACCAGACUGGAUACUCUGAUUUCAAACUUCGGCUCGCCAAGGCAACGCUCACCCUCAUUCCUCUGUUCGGGAUUCAUGAGAUCAUAUUCAUUUUUGCCACAGAUGAGCAGACGUCAGGAGUUUUGCGCUACACCAAGGUUUUCUACACCCUUUUUCUCAAUUCAUUUCAGGGUUUUCUGGUGGCUGUGCUCUACUGCUAUGCCAAUAAAGAGGUGAGGACGGAGCUGAGAAGGAAGUUACACAACUGGAGGAUACAGGCCAAGAGUUCGUGCUGUGAGAAGUGACUAGACGGGCUCGACACUCGAGAUGAUACUUUCUCCAUCGCCGCGGGGCCAGAGCGCAACAGGUCCUCUGCCAUAAUGAUGAGGGCAAUGCCUGAUUGUUCACCCACUCCCGACUGUUUCUUAAUCUCGGGACAGGAAAUUCCGCCAGCGUCCCCACAACCCGAUGCAUCUCUGCUGCACUAUCCAUCGGUGGUCGAUAGGGAAAACAUCCUUCAGCGCAAUAACCAUGAGGGGACUGGACAGUCUUCUCUGGCCAUGCAGGUGUCCUUUCUCAUUCACCUUCAGGACCCUGGGGAGUUACUCCCAAAUGUUGUAGAUACAAUAUCAGACUGAACACACUGUUGCGUUCACUGUACAUUUAAACAAUAUAUGUGGUUUAUUGUGAUUAUGUUAAGAUGCUGGUGAGUGUUGAGGAAUAUUAUGUAUAUUGUAUAUUUUAUCUGUACAGGAGAAUAAGAAUGCCUGUUUAACUCCACAGACAGUCCCUUCUCUGUCUAAGCAGUACCCAGGUUAUAGAUAAAGGGCCAACCUAGAGAACAUUGUAGUAUCUAAGCUUAGGGACUUUCAUAUCUCACUCAGAUGCCCCAGACAGAGAGACACCAACUUCCACUCUUUUGCGUAUUUCACCAGUGGCAAGACGAAAGGACACAAUGUGAUUUAGGAAUCUAUACUUAAGUGUUAACUAUCCGUUAGGAUGUGAACACCUACAUGCAACAUAGAGAGUGGCAGCAAUUCUAGUCAUUCAUGGAUGUGCUGUUAUAAUGGCUGAAGCAAGUAGUAUUUAGAUUGCACUUACUUAUAGCACUUUGUAGUUUUGCUUUUUUUUGAAGAAAUUGUACUUUCUUGAUUCUUGUUGUUCUGAGUUUGUACCCUCAUGGUUGAAUGCACUUAUUGUAAGUCGCUAAAUUAAAUGUAAUGUGAUGUAAAAAAGUAGAGGGAGAUAUACUGGAAUGCUGUGGGAGACAUCUUCAGACUUAGGGGUGACAAUU